AUGCGUGCGUACUUUGCCAACCGGCGGGAGCGUGUCUCUGUGGGGGUUCCGGAGGAGGAGUACGACGAAGGUGAUGAGUCUGCACUGAGCAUAACGCCUGGCCCGUCAUCCGAGCCGCCGGUGCAAAAGGCACCCGUUGUCGAUCCCGGGCCGAUUCCGCACGCGCUCUCGAUGUGGGGCAACUUUCACAUUUCGGUCUCGCCACUGUUGCGUGUGUAUGGGCACGGCAAGACAACGUCGGGUCUCGAAUGUGUCACGCUUGGCCAGCUCGAACUCGACACGGAGAACGCCGAGCUGUACGGCACAAUCCGCCUCGUCUUUGAUCCCGAGCUGGGACGUCCGCCCAUUCUCGUCAACAUCCGCACGCCCGUUCCGCGCAACACCAUUCUCGGCGAGCACUUGGAGUGAUGCGGUAGGGCACCGUUGGCGUUCGAGCCCGGUGCGAGACAAAUUGAAACAAUGAAGCU